AAUAUGGGGCCUUUACUUGCCAAUAAUGCCUCUUUUUAGUUCCCUCCAACUUCACCAAUUUUCCUAUGAACAAAUAUCAAAACAGCCUUGGAAUCUAAAUUAAUGGCGAUAACUUGUUUUCUCUUUGGCAUUGCAGCUUUAUCACUUCACCUUUUCUUCUCUUGCUCUGCCUCUGCAGCAACACUCGAUAUCAACUCCGAUCGAGAUGCUCUUCUUGCAUUCAAACAACAUAUCACGCUCGACCCUCUAAAUUAUUUGGCUACCAACUGGUCUGCCAAUACCUCUGUAUGCAGCUGGAUUGGUGUCUCUUGUGGCCUCACCACCAACUUCAGAGUCACUUCUCUGAACCUUUCCCUCAUGGGUCUUACAGGCACUAUCCCUCCACAUAUAGGGAACCUUUCUUUCCUUUCUGAGAUAAGUCUCGCCAACAAUAGUUUCCAUGGCCCUCUGCCAACCGAGCUGGUUCAUCUUCCUCUACUGAGAUACAUCAACUUCAGAUCAAAUAAUUUCAGCCAAGAGAUCCCAUCUUGGCUCGGCUCACAACCGAAACUUGAAGAAUUAUAUCUGGACGAUAACAAUUUCUUAGGCACUAUCCCAGCUUCCUUGUACAACAUUUCGACGUUGAAAACUUUGCAGCUAAUGAACAAUAAUCUACAAGGAAAUAUUUCUGAGGAAAUUGGCAAUUUAGCCAACCUGGAGACACUCAACCUGAACGGUAACAAGAAGAUUUCAGGUUCAUUGCCAUGGACCAUUUUCAACAUUUCUUCUUUGAAAACUAUUGAUCUGGCGAACAAUAUGAUAUCUGGUGGUCUCCCAGAUGAUAUGUGUAAAAAUCUUCCAAAUCUUCAGGCGCUGAUUGCUCAUCACAAUCAACUGGUUGGCCAAAUUCCAUCAAGUAUAGGGCAAUGUGGAAAGCUGCUUCGUGUGUAUCUGAAUAAAAACGCUUUCACAGGAAACAUCCCAAUAAGUCUUGGAAAUCUGACAUUGGUUCAGGAGCUUUCUCUAGGCUUCAAUAAUUUGACAGGAGAAAUACCAGAGGAACUUGGUUCUCUUCUCUCGGUUGAGCAGCUUGUGUUGCGUGACAAUUUCCUCUCAGGACCCAUUCCAAAAAGUCUAUUUAAUUGUACUUCGUUGUUCUACUUAUCUCUUGGUGCAAAUGAUUACUUAAAAGGUCCAAUACCAAGUGAGAUUGGUAAACUCCGUAAACUUAUGUCCUUCAUCGUCCGCUAUAAUAACUUUUCAGGCACCAUCCCAUCGUCUUUGUUCAAUAUAACAACUGUACGACUCUUGCUGUUAAAUGUAAAUCGAUUCUCAGGCAAACUUCCAUUGAACUUUGGCCAUGCUUCUAAUCUGGAGGAAAUUUACCUAACUAGGAAUCAGAUUAGUGGACCACUUCCUGCUUCCUUCUCUAAUGCUUCCAAGCUCACUAUUGCAGAAAUGAGCUCAAACUUCUUUUCUGGACCUAUUCCAAACACUCUCGGUAACUUAAGGAAUCUGCAGCGCCUCAAUCUAGCCGCUAAUCUUUUCACUGGUGAAUCUUCAGCUUCUGAAUUGAGCUUUCUCUCUUCUUUGGCAAACUGCAAAGGAUUAACAAGACUAGUCUUAGUAGGCAAUCCACUUAAUGGCACUCUUCCUACUUCAAUUGGUAAUUUUUCUGCUAUACGAUAUUUCAAUGUGGAAACUUGUAAUAUCAAAGGUAGCAUACCAAGAGAAGUAGGCCAUAUAAGCAACCUCACAACCUUACUCCUGCAAAACAAUGAAUUGAUAGGAUCAAUUCCAGAUACAAUUGGUAGAUUGCAGAAGCUUCAAGUUUUGUAUCUUCAAGGAAAUAAGUUGAAUGGUUCCUUGCCAAAUGAUAUUUGCCAAAUGAAUAGCUUGGGAGAAUUAAUUUUGAGUCGAAACAACAUCUAUGGAACUCUACCAGCCUGCCUCGGGGAUGUUAAUUCACUAAGAUCUCUGCGAUUAGAUUCCAACAAUUUUAUUUCAACAAUACCCUCUACAUUAUGGAACCUAAAAGAUGUCUUGGAUUUGAACUUGUCAUCAAAUUCACUUAGUGGCCACCUACCACUAAGUAUUGGAAAUUUGAAGGUAGUAACACAAGUAGACUUAUCAAGUAAUCAUUUAUCCGGUAUCAUCCCAGAUUCCCUUGGAGGCCUCCAAAGCCUGAUGAAACUCUCCUUAAGACACAACAAUUUUGAAGGCCCUAUUCCCGAAUCAUUUGGAAACUUGAUAAGCCUGGAAGCAUUGGAUUUGGCCAAUAACAACUUGUCAGGAACAAUUCCCAAGUCCCUAGAGGGACUCAAGUACCUCAAAUACCUAAACCUGUCUUUCAACAAAUUGGAAGGAGAAGUUCCCACAGCAGGAACUUUUGUAAACUUCUCAGCUAUGUCUUUUUUGGGAAAUAAUGCCCUUUGUGGUUCUCCCUUCUUGCAAUUGACGCCAUGCAAAAUCAGUAAUCAGGGAAGAUCGAAGUCUGCCACCAAGCAAGUACUCGUAUAUCUUCUUCCUGCUAUCAUAUUGACAAUAGUUGUCAUACUUGUCUCAUUAAGAUGUAGAAAGACAAAAGUUAAGUUGGUAACUGUGGCUGAUCCAUAUCUUGAGAUUGUGGCAACAUGGAGAAGAAUAUCCUUCCAAGAACUUCAACAAGCCACAGAUGGAUUUUGUGAUAGCAACUUACUUGGUAGAGGGGGUUCUGGUACUGUAUAUAAAGGAAGACUUAGUGACGGGAUGGAAGUUGCUAUAAAGGUUUUCAAUUUGCAACUAGAAAGAGCAUUCAAUAGUUUUGAUGCAGAAUGCGAGGUAAUGAGCAAUAUCCGCCAUCGAAAUCUUGUCAAAAUUAUAAGUUGUUGCUCUAACAAUGACUUCAAAGCAUUGGUAUUGGAUUACAUGCCAAAUGGGAGCUUGGAGAAGUUGUUGUACUCUCAUAACUAUUGUUUGGAUAUCCUUCAAAGGCUCGACAUAAUGAUAGAUGUUGCCUUGGCAUUGGAAUAUCUUCAUCAUGGCUUCUCUAGACCUAUUGUUCAUUGUGAUUUGAAGCCUAGCAAUGUCCUGCUAGAUGCAAAUAUGGUUGCUCAUGUAGCUGAUUUUGGCAUUGCCAAGCUCUUAGGUGAAGGAGAUUCUAUGACACAAACAAGAACAUUGGCCACUAUUGGGUAUAUGGCACCUGAGUAUGGAUCGGAAGGCAUUGUUUCAACAAAAGGAGAUGUUUAUAGCUUUGGAAUACUGUUGAUGGAAACAUUUACGAGAAAGAAACCCACUGAUGACAUGUUUGGUGGAAGAAUGAGCUUGAAGGAAUAUAUAAAGCAAGCAUUACCUGAUGCAGUAGCUGAAAUAGCAGAUGUUAAUUUGCUGACAGGGGAAGAAAAUUUUGCAGAUAAGAAAGACUGUUUAUCAUUCAUUUUGGGAUUGGCUGUGGAAUGCUGUGUUGAAGUUCCUGAUGAGAGAAAUGGCAUAACCCAAGUGCUAUCAAAACUCAUUACCAUCAGAACUCAAUUCUUAGCCAGUUUAGCAAAGACUAAUGAGAUUGGAAAAUAGAAUUCUACGUCAUUGUACAAUGGAUUAGAAGAAGUCUUAGACCCUCAAAAUAAUCUAAAAAUAAAUUGAAAUCCUUGAAUUUGUUAAUUUCU